AUACAGACAGGGCUAGCGCCUGUCACUGUGUGACCCCGGCCGAGGGGAGGAGGAGGAGGGACUUACGCGGAAAACAAGCAGAAAAUCUGGCAGAGGCGACAGUGAGCAAGCGGCUAGCAAUAGAGAUACGAGUGAAUGGUAAAAGGGGUGAAUCGUGCAGUCGCUGGAGCAUGUUGAUAUGGACAGAGCCCAGCAUGCACCAAGUCUCUGUUAGUAAUAUUUCAAAUCUGACGCAAAAGGGGUGGACGCAACCCAAGAGCGGAAACAAAGGCGCUUUGGUUUGAACAAAAUACAUCUGUAAAGAAGGGGGAUAAUUGGUCCCUCAGUAUGAGUCGAGAUGGAUGGAGAAAGAAAGCCAGUGAAGAUGAUGGGUGGGGUGGACGGGGCGGUUACAUGGCUGCAAAAAUCUCUAAGCUUGAGGAGCAGUUUCAGAAGGACGCCCCGAGAGAGAAGCAGAAAGAUGGAACGUCCACCUGUAUCUUCAGCGGUGUGGCUAUCUACGUCAAUGGAUACACAGAUCCCAGUGCAGAUGAGCUGCGCAGGCUGAUGAUGCUGCAUGGUGGACAGUUCCAUCUCUAUUACACUCGCUCCAAAACCACACAUAUCAUUGCCACCAACCUGCCCAACAGAAAAAUACAAGAGCUCAAGGGAGAGAAAGUAGUGCGGCCAGAGUGGAUCACAGACAGUAUAAAAGCAGGCCGUCAACUUUCGUACGUCCAGUAUCAGCUCUAUACGAAGCAAAAAGGCUUGAACUUUACCAGUGUUUGUGCACGAGGAAAGCAGGAUCCAUCAUUCAGCCAUGAACCAUCCAAACCAAGUCUAAACCACCCCGAGUCAGACAGCAUCAAGCCUCAGCCCAGCCACACUCAAACCCUCUCUAAAGAAGUUCUCAAAUCCACUCACGCUAACCACAAAGCUAACUUCACUGAGCGAAGCAAUCAUCAGCUAGACGUCCGAUUAAAUGGUUCCUGUAGUAUAAUCUCUGAGGAGGAUGCAGAGAGGCCUAGAGUUAAUGGGAUUCAUGAUGGAGAUGAUGGUGAUUAUGACAACGCCUGUGCCCUUUUGCCAAGAGGCUCACAAGACACUUUGUUAACUAACGGUUAUGUACACCCUGUGAAUGGUGCCUUAAAGCCUCAGGACUCUUUUGCAGAACUUCAGCUUCAUGUUGUUGACACAGGGUCCCAUCAGUCUUACCUCCCACAGACUGAAAGCAGGGAUAGGGAGGAGUCCAGCUGCUCUUCUGCUGGGUCAAAAGCAAAUUCCCAUCAGAGGUCCUUAAUAUCCACUGCCAGUCCUGCAAAGCAGCCUGGUCUUCACAAUAUGCAAAAGGACCUCCAUCCAAAACCAACAUUUAAACCAGGAACUUCAGCUGCUCCUCAAAAGGGGAAUCUGCACGAUCAGAAAAGAGUUCGACUAAAUGGGAGCUAUCACAUGACCCCUAACUCCUCCACACUUGCAGACUCUAGUAAUCAGCCAGGAAGGUCGGGCCAGGGAGCAGAGGCUGGAAUCAUAUCCGAGUUCUUUUCUCACUCAAGGCUGCAUCAUAUUUCUACAUGGCGGAAUGAGUUCUCAGAGUAUGUCAAUGGCCUUCAGAGCAGGAGUCGAGCUGCAGGAGGAGCUGUUUUCUCUGGAAAAGAGAAACUGAAGAAGCUCAAAGCUAACUGCAGUUCAGGUUCCUUAAUGGCUGCUCCUCAGGUGCGUCAGUCCUGCAUUCUUCAUGUGGAUAUGGACUGCUUCUUUGUGUCCGUGGGGAUCAGACACCGACCAGAUCUCAAAGGGAAACCGGUUGCGGUGACAAGUAACCGCGGUCCAGGCCGUGUUGCACAGCGACCUGGUGCAAAUCCUCAGCUCGAGUUUCAGUACUACCAGAGGAAACAGAAUCAGUACCGAAAAGAGAAAACAGAUGGGGAUCUUGAGAUGACCCCAUCUCCACAAUGUGAUGAAGUUCCCAGUAAUGGAGUGGAUUUGGACCUGGCUGCCCUUUCUAUGGCAGAGAUUGCAUCUUGCAGUUACGCGGCCAGGCAGGCUGAUGUGCGAAACGGCAUGUUCUUUGGCCGGGCUAAGCAGCUCUGUCCUGAUCUGCAGUGUGUCCCAUAUGACUUCCAGGCAUAUAAAGAGGUGGCACUGUCCAUGUAUGAGACCCUGGCCAGUUACACUCAUAACAUUGAGGCACUGAGUUGUGACGAGGCGCUGGUAGAUGCCACAAAACUUCUGGUUGAGCUGGGGGUUACUCCUGAUGAUCUAGCACGAGCCAUCCGUGAAGACAUAAAGGAGAAGACCGGUUGCUCUGCCUCAGUUGGAAUGGGUUCCAACAUCCUUCUUGCUCGGAUGGCAACUCGUAAGGCAAAACCAAAUGGCCAGUACUUCCUCAGAUCAGAGGAAGUGGAUGAUUUUAUCAGGGAUCAACCUGUCUCCAGUUUGCCUGGUGUGGGUCGCUCAAUGAGCUCCAAGCUGACCUCCCUGGGUGUGAGUACCUGCGGUGACCUGCAGCAGUUGUCCAUUUCUCGACUGCAGAGGGAGUUUGGGCCACGGACAGGACAGACACUUUUUCGCUUUUGCAGAGGACUGGAUGACAGGCCUGUGCGCAGCGAGAAGGAGAGGAAGUCUGUGUCUGCUGAGAUGAACUACAACAUUCGGUUCACACAGGUUGAAGAGGCGGAGUCUUUCCUUACGAACCUAUCUAUGGAAGUGCAGAAGAGGAUGGAGGGGGUGGGGCUUAGAGGUCGCCGUAUUACACUGAAGGUCAUGAUGCGGAAACCAGGGGCUCCAGUAGAGCCAGCCAAAUAUGGUGGCCAUGGGAUAUGUGACAACUUUGCCAGGUCUGUUUUACUAGCUCAGCCCACUGACAGUGGUCAGCUGAUUGCAGCAGAGGCCAUUAAGCUAUUCUAUGCCAUGAAGCUGGAUGUAAAGGACAUGAGGGGAGUGGGACUGCAGGUGCAGCAGUUGGAGGGAUCAUAUGCAGACCCAUCAGGACAAGGGCCCUCUCGUGGUCGCUCGAUCAAAGACCUGCUGCUGGCCAAACAGCCUGCCCACAGCCCCAGGAAAGACCCUCUAGCACAAGAUGGUUUAACCGGCCCUUCUUCAUCCAGAGCUUUCUCCUCCAAUCAGGAGAGAGUUACCCCUCCAUCAUCACCACCUUCCACCAGCUCGGAUCCAAUGCCUGGAACAAGUAAAGGAGGUCUUCACCAUCCACACACCCCCAACCAUGUCAGGACAUACCUAAACGUCAGCAUUGAGGUGCCAUCCCCCUCUCAG